AUGUGUAGGGGUUGUCCCCCUAUCAUUCUUGGCGGUCUUACCUUAUCCUAUCCUCGCAACGUCAGGGGAUUGCCUCCUCGGUUGCAGAGCCCUGGAUGUGUAGGGGUUGUCCCCCUAUCAUUCUUGGCGGUCUUACCUUAUCCUAUCCUCGCAACGUCAGGGGAUUGCCUCCUCGGUUGCAGAGCCCUGGAUGUGGGAUUGCCUCCUCGGUUGCUGAGCCCUGAAUGUGUAGGGGUUGUCCCCCUAUCAUUCUUGGCGGUCUUAUCCUAUCCUCGCAACGUCAGGGGAUUGCCUCCUCGGUUGCAGAGCCCUGGAUGUGUAGGGAAUGUCCCCCUAUCAUUCUUGGCGGUCUUACCUUAUCCUAUCCUCGCAACGUCAGGGGAUUGCCUCCUCGGUUGCAGAGCCCUGGAUGUGUAG